AUGCAACUAGCGAGUGAAGGCGAACUGGAAGUUUCAAAAGCGGAGAAGAUCCUCGGCAAAAUGGGUCCUGGUCGAAUUUUUGGCGAGCUAGCGUUGUUGUAUAACUGCACUCGCACCGCAUCGGUGAAAGCGCUCGUCCCCGUUAAACUGUGGGUGUUGGACCGUGCUGUCUUUCAAAUGAUCACCAUGCGCUUCGGGUUGCAGCGGCACGAAAUGCUGAUGAACUUCCUUCACGAAGUUCCCCUCUUCCGAAAAUUGUCCGAAGACCGAUUCAGCAAGAUCGCUGAUUGCUUAGACUUGGACUAUUACGCCGAAGGUACUUACAUCAUACGAGAGGGUGAAAAGGGCGACACUUUCUUCGUUAUCAGCAGUGGAACGGUGAAAGUCACGCAACUAAUCGAGGGUGUGGAUGAGCCGCAGGAAAUUCGAAAGCUGAAGAAGGGAGACUUUUUCGGCGAAAAAGCCUUGCUAGGGGACGAAGUUCGAACUGCGUCUGUCAUCGCCUUGGACCCCGGCGUCGAGGUUCUCACGUUAGAUCGAGAGUCAUUCCGGAAGCUGAUUGGCGAUCUCGAAGAGUUGAAGAGGGACUACGGUGACGAGAAAAGAGGCGCUAAACGAUUAGCAGAGAAGCGGAUAUCGAUCGAACGGGGAAUUCUGACUACAGGUCUUCCAAGUAUCACGCCGACCAAGAUAUCUAAGACCGACUUGGACAAAGACAUCGCAGGGAUCGAAUUGUAUCAUUUGCAGCCUGUCGCAGCGUUAGGCGUUGGCGGCUUUGGACGCGUAGAGCUGGUAGUGGAGGUUUGUUUGAUUCAAGACCGGGGUCGUUCUUUUGCCUUGAAAGCGAUGAAAAAGAAACAUAUCGUGAACACGCGGCAGCAAGAACACAUCUUCUCAGAAAGGAAUCUGAUGUUCGAAAUCCGAUCACCGUACGUUGUGAAAUUGUACAAAACGUUUAGAGACAAAAAGGGUUGUUUCGACGACGGCAUCGCACGGUUCUACACGUCUUGCAUCAUCGAAGCGCUCGAUUACCUACACAAACGGCAUAUCGUCUAUCGAGACCUAAAGCCUGAAAAUUGCCUUCUCGAUGCGUCCGGGUACCUCAAACUGGUCGACUUCGGAUUCGCAAAGCGAUUGGCGAGCGGUCGUAAGACUUGGACGUUUUGCGGCACCCCUGAAUACGUCGCCCCUGAGAUUAUACUUAACAAGGGCCAUGACCAUUCAGCUGAUUUUUGGGCUCUCGGAAUUUUUAUCUGUGAACUGCUGCUUGGCCGACCCCCCUUUCAAGCAUCUGACCCGAUGAAAACGUACACACUGAUUUUAAAGGGCAUCGACGCACUUGACAUCCCGAACCGGCGCAUCGGCAAGACGGCCACAAGCCUGGUGAAGAAGCUAUGUCGUGAUAACCCUGCCGAAAGGCUGGGCUGCCAGUCAGGUGGCGUAGAUGACAUACGGAAGCACAGAUGGUUCGUGGGUUUCGAUUGGGACGGCCUUAGGAGCAGGAAUAUGACACCGCCUAUAAUACCCAAGGUAUGUCCCGUUGUUCUGUUGCUGUUAAAGCUGUACAGGUGAUG